ACGGGAUAAGUACAGUAAUGUAAUGCAAUGUAGUAAAGAAAGUCAGGACUACAUCUCCCAUGACUCUCAGCGAUUGCCUGCGUCUGACGUCACACGUAGAGGAGCGGGGCUAGGUGCCCCUCCUGUUUCCAUACAGAGAGUAGCGGCUGCAGCCGAAAGAUGAGGGCAGGAGGAGCCGGGGACUCCCCGCCAGCACUACAACUCCCAGCAGCCCCUACGGCGGGGGAGAGCAGCACACCGCGGCGACUGGACAUGGCGGCAGACGACCCUCCGUUCCUCCUGGGGAGACCGCGCUUCGUGCAGAACACGUUCUACGGCAGGUUCCGCCACUUCCUGGACAUCAUCGACCCACGAACGCUCUUCGUCACUGAGAGUCGCCUUAAGGAGGCCGUGCAGCUGCUGGAAGAUUACAAACAUGGAACGCUGCCCCCUGGAGUUUCGAAUGCGGAUCUCUGGGCGGCUCAGAAGAUAAAGCAGGCGAUCAUCCACCCAGAUACCAAUGAGAAGAUCUUCAUGCCUUUCCGAAUGUCAGGUUAUAUCCCCUUUGGGACCCCCAUAGUUGUGGGUCUCCUGCUGCCAAAUCAGACCCUGUCAUCUACAAUCUUCUGGCAGUGGUUGAAUCAGAGUCACAAUGCAGGUGUCAACUAUGCAAAUCGCAACGCGAGCAAGCCUUCUCCUACAUCCAAGUUCAUUCUGGGCUACACUGGAGCUGUCGUCAGCGCGGUCUCUAUCGCAGUCGGCCUUAACUCUCUGGUUCAGAGGGCAAACAAAUUUUCUCCUUCUACCAGACUCUUCAUCAAGCGAUUUGUCCCGUUUCCAGCUGUCGCCAGUGCCAAUAUCUGUAACGUGGUCCUAAUGAGACACAGUGAACUGGAGGAGGGCAUCGACGUGCUGGACGGAGGCGGGAAGAUCGUGGGCUCAUCAAGAACCGCUGCCAAACACGCGCUGCUAGAGACGGCUCUCACCAGAGUGGUGCUCCCCAUGCCUAUCCUAGUUCUACCUCCCAUUAUAAUGUCUGGACUUGAAAAGACAUCAUUGCUGCGAACAUACCCAAGACUGAUCCUCCCCGUGCAUAGCCUUGUGUGCCUUACUGCCUUUGGACUGGCUCUUCCUUUAGCCAUCAGUCUCUUCCCCCAGAUGUCUGAGAUUGAGACCUCAAAACUGGAGCCAGAAAUCGCGAUGAACACCGCCUCCCGGACGGUGGUCUACAACAAAGGAUUGUAAGCCAAAUCCAGUCUCCGCACCGAACAACGAAGAACCAACCGCGAAGAAUAGUCUCCCUGCCCCCCUUCCCUGUCACUUACCAUAGAGCAAGGAACAGACGAACACCUGAACUCUCCCUCGUCCUCAACAGCUGGGGAAAAAUAACACAUUUACACAACCAAGUCUCCGAGGUAGAAGAGUUACCGGAUUCAUGUCUUACCGUUGCUAAGGGGGACAAGAAAUAGCACAAUAAUGUGGUACCAACAAUUUUUUGUUAAUCCAUUAGAUUACGAAAAAAAUCUCAUAAGAUCACAAUCACUGCAUGAAAAGUGAAUGAUUCAUCCAGUUAGCCUGCGAAACCUGAUCCAGAUCAGCGUCAUUAACACAAAGACCGAUGUCACACGACACAAGUGUCACCACUAGAAGACAACGCUCCAUGAGUCUGACACCACACAAUAACAAAAAUCACAUGGAUCAAAUACAUAAAAAUCAUUAAUUUAGUGUCACAAUUUAGUUCGAUAUCAAGCACCAGUGUAACGUAGUCCUUUGUUGUCAUGAGUUAUGUAGGGCGUAACAAAGUCUUAGGACACGUUUACGCAAUAUUUCUGACAGUAUUUGUUAGCCAACACAUUAAAGGGGUAUUCCGGCCCCUAAAAAUAUAUGCUCCAUCCUCUGUCUGAUCGGAGGGGAAGGGGGUCCCAGCAAUCGAAUGGGAACCCAAUACUUCCUGUUGAGUGGAUUGAUGGGUUGACUUGCGUUCUAUUCAAUGUCUAUAGAAGCUUCCGGAGAUAGCUCAGUGCCCCAUACACAAUGAAUGCAGCGCUUGAUAACCAACCGCACUAUUCAAUGUGGAGAGUCCUUCCGGUUCUAGAGAUCGCUGGGGCUCCUAGGGGUUUUUAUAUUGCCAUUAUAUACUAUACUGUUUAACUAGAUGCCGUUAUAGUUCUUCGCGGUUUACAUGCCACUCCCGGUUUUGGCUUACAAAUACUGAUGUACAAUAUUGGCUGAAAUGGCUCCAUGUGGGAAAAUAGAGUUCUUUGUGCCCUUACUAUUGCUGUGGGGUUUGUAUUCCUUCAGAUUUAGGAUUAGAUAUAUUCUAAUACAAAAUGAAAUAUUCUAAUCGUCAUAGGCAUAACUUGAUUUAAGGACUGAAACUUACAGGAACUUACUGAAACUUGUGUUCGAAGGGGUACUCCGGCUAUGCAAAACGUAUCCUCUUUAUACAGGAUAGGGGAUAGGUGACUCCCCUUCAUCUCCAGAACGGAGCUGUCUCUUAACUCUGGGGACUCCAGCCCCAACCUUCCGAGAUGACCGAUGUACUGCCUCAACCGGUGAUUGGUGGAGUGGGCUUUCAAUUCUGAGACCAGUUAGUUUCAGAAGGUGGGGGCUGUAGCACUUAGAGGUAAGAGGCCCAGUUCAAAAGAUUACAGGGGGUCCAAUCCCAAAUCAGCAGGUUUGGCCAACUUUAAUCUAUUGGGUAUGGCCAGCUUAAAGGGGUACUCCGCUGCUCAGCGUUUGGAACAAACUGUUCUGAACGCUGGAGCCGACGCCGGGAGCUUGUGACAUCAUAGCCCCGCUCCCUCAUGACGUCACGCCCUGCCCCCUCAAUGCAAGUCUAUGGGAGGGGGCUUGACGCCCCCUCCCAUAGACUUGCAUUGAGGGGGUGGAGCGUGAUGUCAUGAGGAGGUGGGGCUAUGAUCUCGGCGUUGUACCCCUUUAAGUUUAAAGUGGCCAACCAUUUCAGGUAGCCAUCAAUUCAACACUAAUUUGAACAAGAUGUGGCGAGAGCAGAAAUUCACCAGGCACUGCAGUACUGCCUCAUAUAGCGGGAUGAGAUCACACCUGAAAUAAUUGGACCGCUGCUCUAAAGUCUCUUAUAGCCGGGGGUGCUCACUAUGCAAUACAAGCGAACAGCAACCGGGUAUGGUACCCGUACCCGGUUGCUCAACACUAAUUUGGUCCACAGCUAUCCCUCCUGAUAGAUGUGGACACCAGUUAUUGGAUCCUUUCCAUUCUGCGAAUAAACAUAUCAUAGUAGGGACCUUCUAGGUGGAGCUCACAGGACGUCUUCUAUCUGCGUGAAGUGUCCCCUUAGAUCUCUGGUCACUUCGGUCUGAAUUGUUCUUACAUAAAUAGAUAUUUACUAAAACUGCCUAUAUAUUUAGUAUAUUAUAGUUGAGCGAACACCACCACAAAUAGUGUAUGAAGCUCACUUCAGUUUCUAAGAAAAUUAUUUAUAAUUGUAUUUAGAAAAUAAAAAAAAAAGACAAAAACAAAACACAAAAAAAACUAAACUUCCUUCCACAUGUGAAUGAUCAUUUCCAAAUGGAAGUUAAAGGGGUACUCCACUGCCCAGCAUUCGGAACAUUUAGUUCUGAAUGCUGGGUUCAUGCUGCGGGGGGGCUCGUGACAUCACGGCCAUGCCCCUCGGGACACCACGCCUCCUCAAUGCAAGUCUAGGGGGGGGGGCAUUGAGGGGGCGUAGCCAUGACUUCACAACCCCCCGUAGCACGCACCCAGCGUUCGGAACUAAAUGUUACGAACUCUGGGCAGUGGAGUACCCCUUUAACAAAGUAUCUAAAAUUAAUUGUAUGCUUAAUAUAUCCUGUAAUAUAACCUAUUAGUAGACGUGGCGCAUUAUAGGUAGCAGAAUGGUAUCAUAUAAGAGUCGGAAAUGGUGGAUGCCUCCUGCUGUAGAUUGUGGCCUAUAGCUUUAGAUGAAAUAGGCAGAAAAAUGGAAGUCAAGGAGCCAAUGUUUGAGCUUUCAUCUUCAUUUUUUGCCUUGUUUUCUAAUAUACCUCACUAGACUCGAUCUCAUAGGUUGGAGUUCAUCAUAUUUGACCAGAUUGUCGAACCAUGUCCCACUUGGUUACAUCUUUUUUCACUUAAUCCUACCAGGCUGGAUUAGUGAAAAUCUAACUUGGGAAAGUCUUAGUUAUUGCAUCUUACCGUAAAGAUCUCUACUCAUCUAGGUGCUCAGCGUUUCUUCACAUACGAGUUCACUUCACAUGUCGAUAUAUGUGUCUUAAUAUUACACUAGACUGGAUCAACAACUAGUAACCAAUAACAAUAGGAUAGAACUCCUGCACUCACCGUGAUGUUGCUGUCUCUAGGCUUCCAUUUAUGAUUCCAACGGAGGCGAUGGCAGAUACAACUGAGAGCGCUUAGAGCCGACCGCCGAUGGUUUCACGCAGUUAGAUGCGCUUCUUCUGGAAUCUGCGGUUUCGCGCAGUUAGGUGCGCUUCUUCCGGCAUCUGCAGUUUCGCGCAGUUAGAUGCGCUUCUUUUGGCAUCUUCGGUUUCGCGCAGUUAGAUGCAUUUCUUCCGGCAUCUGCGGUUUCGUGCAGUUAGUUGUGCUUCUUCCGGCAUCUUCGGUUUCACGCAGUUAGAUGCGCUUCUUCCGGCCUCUAGGCCGGAAGAAGUGCAUCUAACUGCGUGAAACCGCCGGCAGUCGCCUCUGAGAGCUCCCAGAUGUAUCUGCCGUCCCAUCCGUGGGAAUCUUCAAUGGAAGCCUAGAGAGAGAGACAGCAUCGUCGUGGUGAGUGCAGGAGUGCUAUUUUAUUGUUAUUGGUUACUAGUUGUUGAUUGGAGUUCUCCUAGCACCAUCGCGGGUCUCAUUUUCUCUUUGUGUCCACAGUCCACCUUCGUUGUACUCUCCUUCUGACAUCAUUGACUACAGUGGAUUCUGCAGUGCAUUGCUUAUGUAUGUAUAUACUAGACUGGAUCCCUUCACAUGUAGGUGGUCAAUAUGUCUUCAUGUUACACUGGACGAGAUCACUUCAGAUUUAGAUAGUCAAUGUUUUUUUCACUUGUUUAAUUAUUUGUUAUUGCAAAUACAAUGGCGUUAAGUGGCGUAUCGAUGAUAAACCUAGAUCAUUGGUAAUAAGUAGAUGGGUAUCACCCAUAAUCUUCUUAACCUAACUUGCUCUUGUCGUGUUCUCAUGGAGAGCAUAGUACUACUUAUCAAGUGAACACUUAAAUGGAACCUACUGUUAUCUAGUUUGUGGGCGCAGUCACUUUUUCGUUAGCCAUCUGUGGUCAUCUACGAUGGGUUGAGGACUGUUUUUGAAGAACGUUGAGUUUUAUAGAUGUGGGGAACUUUAACUUGAUAUUCCACACAUCACAGGACAUUGAAGCCAUCAGGUUAUAGUUGAUGGAAUCGUGGUGACGUUUUCUUCAAGUAAUGUUUAGCUGAAAGGAAACUUUUUUUACAUUUUCAGAUUAAAGGGGUAUUCUGGCUUUAUACAUCUUAUCCCCUAUA